CAUACGGUGCCAUCCGUACACUAGCCCUUCCUUCUAUGUUUCUAGGGUUUCUAGGGUUUCUCUGCUCGAAACUUCGCCUUCGUACUCUCCCUGCUUCUUCUUCUUCGAAGCUCGUCCAUGGCGGAGGAGAAGAGCUCAACCACGAACCCUAAGGAAUCGUACCCUUCCUUCUCCCUUUCCAAUCUCACUCAAUCGGACCUCGGAUUAGGGCUUUUCGGCUUCCCCGAGAAGCCGCUGCCGCCUCCUCCUCCGUGCGUCGAAGUCGAUCCCUCGGAGGAACCUCCGAUUGCAUUAUCUAAUGCAGAUCCUGUUGUUAUUAACGAAUCUUUAACACUUUAUAAGGGAAGAGUAAAUACAUCUGAUGUUUUUGGUGUCACCAACUCGGAUUUGGUCCCUGGAAAGUAUGAAGGUGGAUUGAAGUUGUGGGAGGGGUCUCUUGAUUUAGUUAAGACCGUCUACUCUGAGGUUGAGAAAGGUCGACUAGUAUUGAAAGGAAAGCGAGUAUUAGAGCUUGGAUGUGGCCAUGGGCUCCCUGGUAUCUUCACAGGUCGUGAGGGUGCAGCUCUCAUCCAUUUCCAAGACUUCAAUGCUGAGGUCCUAAAAUAUCUAACCAUACCAAAUGUAAAAGAAAAUCUUAUGAAAGAUACAUCUGUAUCCCCCUUUGUCCGCUUCUUUGCUGGUGACUGGAGUGAAAUUCACAAGCUUCUUCUCUCUGGUAACAUUGAUCAACAAAAAGAAACAGAUGAAACCUUAGGAUCGGAAUAUGAUGGCUAUGAUCUCAUUUUGAUGGCCGAAACUGUUUAUGCAUUAUCUUCACUUAGUAACCUCUAUGUGCUUAUCAAGAAGUGUCUGCACUACCCUCGCGGAGUUGUAUACAUGGCAGGAAAGAAGCACUAUUUUGGAGUAGGCGGCGGCACGAGACAGUUUGUACACUUGGUUGAAGAAGAUGGUGCCAUGGAAGCUUGCUUGCUUGCUGAAGUUGCUGAUGGCUCAUCUAAUGUUAGGGAAGUGUGGAAGUUCUCAUUCAAAUAGUACUUCGUCCAUACUCGAGGCAAGUGAAUUCAGAAAUUGUGCUUUAUGUAUUACUAUGUUCUGUUAUGCUAUACCAUGCCUAAACAAGAAAGUAACACAUUUCUUUUCCUUUAGUCGGUAGACUUUUUUUUUUUUUAUUGUUGCCCCAUCAAUAGAUAUUAUGUACAAUUCUCUCUUCCGCUAGCCAUUUCAUUAUUUAAAUCUUUCAUUGUGUUCUUCAUAGCCCACUCUUGUUCUACUAUUUUAUGUUGAAUAUUUCUGAUUAAAAUGUGUAUUAUUUAUGUUUCCUAGUGCUAUGGGGUUGCUCCUAGGGAUCUUACCAUCUAUUUCUCUUUAGAGGAAAGAUAAAAAGCAGAAAUAAUAGAAAACUUCAUUAUAGUUUAAUGAAUUAUAAUCAAUAAUCAAUGUGUGACAUCAUGAUUCAGUAUUACUGCAGAUAUAGGAUUGGCUUCAAAAAUAUGCUCGACUGAAGCUUUCAUAAUUUAUUCGCUACAAGUAGAAGCCUCAUGAUUCAUCUCAAGAAGGGUAGCUCUUCUUCUUUAGCUUAUAGGAUAUAACGAUGUCCGAGUCAUGCUAUUCGUAGAAGUGUUAUCUUAAAAUAUUUUUGAACUUCUCCUUUAAUAUUUCUUUUUUUUCUUUACCAACUGCUUUACUGGGGGGCUGUUGCUACCUAAAUCAGUGGCAGGAGCGGCGCCAAACAAGUUCUUAGAAAAUGACGGCAGAGCUCCUUCUGCUAAAGCACACCUUUAUUGUACGACAUCUACCACCCUUUUUGAAUUAUUGUUAUUUCGAAAUUUGGUUCAGUGGUUAGAUUUAACUUAUUUCACAUGGGAUUGGAUUUGGGCUCUUCAUAAAAUUUUUGUUCAAUAUAUGAGACCCUCUUAUUGCUUUUCCAAUGGUAGCAUUCUAAUGGAAGCAAGUGAAUGGUUAGAUUUAAAUUAUUUUACAUGGGAUUUGGGCUCUUCAUUAAAUUGUGUUGUUCAAUUUGUGGGGCCAUUUUAUUUUAUUUUAUUUUUUAAUGGUAGCAUUCUAAUAGAAGCAAGUGCAAUGAAUAGUACACAUGUGCUGGCCCAAAGCAAACUCAUGGGGAAAAAGCUAUGUUGUCCUUCCACGUAUUCUUAUCAUGUGCAAUAAUAAUGAUUACAUUACAUUACAUACAUAGUACGAUGUGAUGGGCUUGUUUCUUCUACCUCUUAGUUGUCUUUAGGUCAUGCACCUUAGUGUAUCAAAUUACUAACCAAUAUUUCCUUCACUCUUUUUUUUUCUUUUAAUUCCUUUGUGAAUUAGUUUAAUGUUAUUGUAUUGAGAACAGGUUAUGAUAAGAAGCUCUCACCUACAUAGUUGAGUUUAUAUUGAGAGAUGAGAGUUAGGGUGUUUUCUGAAGCUGUGGUAGUAAGUUUUUUUUUUUUUUUUACUUUUUCGCGCGUCAGAUUGGAUCAUGAAAAUCAUAUGCUCUACCUUUAAGAUUCACUUUGCAUGAUAUAUUGCAGCAGAUCCGAUCUGUAGAAAAAGUGGAAUCACACUCUAAACUCUUCUCUCUCUCUCUCUCUCUCUCUCUCUCUCUCUCUCUCUCUCUAUGCAUGUUUAUGUGUAUAUAUUAUGUGGAAAACAAAUGGUCUCUUUCAUGCAAAUUGGUGAGGAACAGGAAAGGAAUCAAAGCCUAUCAGGCCAUGUUUGUCUCCUUCCCCUCAAUGUCUAUCCUUCAAUGAGUGUUGCCCACUCCCAUGUGCUUUAGCCCAUCACACCAUCAUGUUGCUCCCUCUAUUAUUCUCCUCCGCAUUCCCCUAACCCUAUAUCAACACCCUACUCACACUUACUCCCUAAACUAAGCACAUCAUAGGCAAUGGGCUUCAAAGACAUCUUUGUAAGAUGCUCUAGAGGCCACUCUUCCUCCUCCUGUUGCUACUACUACAGCAGCUACCAAAGGCUGCACUACCAAACCGCUGACAUGACAGUGAUGCAAGGGAAGCAGCGACAGCGAACAAGCGGUGGCGCAAUUUCUUGCAUCGAGAAGCCGUCGAUGUGGCGGCACUUCUCCUCGGCCCUAGUCCUGAGGAGGGUGCUCGACGACUACGGCGCGGGGGUCGGUCCGGUCAUCGUCUUCUCGUCCCCUUGGGGGCUUCCGGUUCUCUCUCAUCCCGCCCUCGUUCCUAGGAAGAAGAUCGGUUCGUCGUACCGGAAGGCCGUGUUAUGAGUAGUGAGAUGCAACUUUUGAGUACAUUUUGAAGUUGCCUUGACAAAGUUGCUAGUUAUGUACUUUUCCUUGGAUGUACAAUUGUUAUUGCAUUUUCUACCCCUUAGUUUUUGUACCCUAGAUAGUUAUGUA